UACAUAAAGUUAACACGGGGUUACGUUAGUGUAGGUAGCGUCAGCUGCACCGGGAUCAGCCAGUCUAGCGCCUCCAGGAGCUAACAGCUUUCAAGGGAAAAGAUGGCGACCCGAGUCCUUCAAAGAGUCGGCAAUGGACUUAAACAGUCGAAAAACGGGCUUCAGACGAACGGACAGGUCACGGUUAUCGUAAGGAGCCUGUCAGCUUUCCGUGAGGACAGCUGGUUCAAGUCCCUUUUUGUCAGAAAGGUUGACCCCCGAAAAGACGCACACUCCCACCUGCUCGCCAAGAAGGAAGACAACAACCUGUACAAAAUACAGUUUCACAAUGUGAAGCCUGAGUGCCUCGAUGAUUACAAUGAACUCUGUGCGGAUGUCUUGCCUUCCAUUCAUGCUGACCCUGAAUACCCCUGUGAGCUCGUGGGCACCUGGAAUACGUGGUACGGAGAGCAGGAUCAAGCAGUUCACCUGUGGAGAUAUCGGGGAGGAUACCCGGCUCUCACCGAUGUCAUGAACAAACUCAAACAGAAUAAGGAGUUUACAGACUACAGGAGAGAGCGCGGGAAGAUGCUGCUGUCUCGUAGGAACCAGCUGCUGCUGGAGUUCAGCUUCUGGAACGAGCCGGUCCCGCGUCCAGGACCCAACAUCUACGAGCUCCGGUCGUACCAGCUCAGGCCAGGAACCAUGAUCGAGUGGGGGAACUACUGGGCGCGGGCCAUCGAGUUUCGUCAGCACAACCAGGAGGCGGUUGGAGGCUUUUUCUCCCAGAUUGGAAGUCUGUACACGGUGCACCACUUAUGGGCGUACAAAGACCUUCAGUCCAGAGAAGACACCAGAAACUCGGCCUGGCGGCGUGAAGGCUGGGACGAGGUCGUUUAUUACACAGUCCCUCUUAUUCAGCACAUGGAAUCCAGAAUAAUGAUUCCCAUGAAGAAUUCGCCCCUGAAGUAACGACGAGCAGCGAGGGAAUCUCUCCACGGAUCGCCACCCAUCAAAGCGUGCACUGCCGGGGACGUGUUGUGUCGGUUUUUCUUUUCUUCUUCUCUGUUUCUUUAAUCCAGUUUUCUGUGUGGGCCUAGAGAGUCUUAUUUCAGAUGAUGAGGUUUUAAACGGUUCUCUGUUACAGCAGUCACUGUGUUACUGAUCCAUGAAAUGCUUUGUGUAGAUAAAUAUAAUCUGACACGCCCCCUUCUCUUCAAAUAUUUUAAAGGGUCAGAUUUUCAUUUAUUUCUUCAUCAUGAUCAGUGUUUGAGUGUUCAGGUACCAGGAGGAGAUCAAACAUUUAACAGUUCUGGUGCUGGUCACGGGCUCAAAAUGUCUGAAAAAAUUGUCUUAAUGAAAAAUGACUUCUUGCACUAUUAUUAAUAACUAAUACAACAACAGAAACAGAAAAAGUGCUGCAGAGCUCACUGCCAGUUAGAAAAUAUCUUUAAAUAUUCCAGGUGAUUUUACAAAAAGAGCAAGAUGUUUACAAAUCAGUAUUUAAACGGACAUUAUAUCUGAGGGUUGGAGAUAUAAUCAUUAAAGGUUUAAAGUCAACAAAAAAAUGUGGCUUAAUGUUUACACGGUUUUGAUCCAGCCAGAAAAAUAAUUUGGCUGGAUGAAAGGAUUCAUAACGUUACGGUUAUGGAGACGUACAGAAAUUAAAGUCCAGUUCUUCUUUAGUUCUUGAAUCCAACAAAAACAGUCACUAAAACUGAUAAACUGACCACAUCUUUAUUUUUACUUUUCUGACUUUAACAUCAUGACACAUCUGGCUCUUCCAGCUGUGGAGAGGGGGACAAGAUGAUACAAAUAAUUACAUUUUCCUUAAUUAAUUUCUGCACAACUAAUGAUUAUCUACACACUGCUGUACACUGACUAGUUUGAUCUGUUCCCUCUAUCGAUCAAUGAAUGCCAACCAGCUGAUUGUGUGCUCUAAAUGAGAUUAAUGUUUUUUUAUUAACAGUCACAUUGUAGAUAUACAUAGUGCGUUUAUUGACCGAGACAGAGAUAUAUCGGUCCUGUAUUUGUAAAUGAAGUUUGGUGUUCUCAACUAUCUGUUGAUUUAAAAAAAAAAAAAAAAAAAAAAGUAGAAAGGAAAGGAGUAACAUCUCAUGUGAAUUGCAGUGCUUUAAUAAGAU